AUGCUGGAGGAAUUUUUCUGGUUCUGCCUUCGUCUCACAACGGGAAAGAACGGACGCAAACUUCCAGGGAUUGGCAAGCUGAGCACCCUGGGGCAGGACUGGAAGAGCUUCCUGCGCUAUUUUAAGGGGGCCACCAAAGUACCUUUAGAUACCGAGCUCGGCCUGAAGAUGAACAAGCGUUUGCGGAAAUUGGCCAAGGAGUUCGGGCUGGAUGACCAAGAGCAGGAGAAGACCCCGAUAUUUAUUGAGGAUCUCGUGCCGCUUCAAGAGACAACCCUCCACACCCAGGAAAAGCGGUUUUGGCUCGGCCUGCAACGGAUCCAACAAUGUCUAUACAACGUCAUGGCUUGCUUCACAGUCAACCGGAUCAACGCGAUGCGGAUGCUUCAGUACAAACAUUUACAAUACUCUUUACAGCAAGAUCUCCAUGGAGGACCGCCCCGGAUUCUCCUCGAGAUUACGUACAGUUUUGCGAAGAAGUACAUGGGGGUGAUGAAUACGUUUCUAAUCCCUGAGAUUCUCUUCGAUCCAUCACUAAUACUCAGUCCGCACACGUUCCUGCUCAGCAUACUCUUUCGCAAUGACGCUUUCAAAGCCCUGAAUCUCAAAUCCAUGGAAGAUCUCCGCCAACUCUUUCUCGAGGGUGGCCGGCAGCAGUUGCCGCUCCCGUUGAAGCGGGAGAAGGCUGACUAUUAUGUCUUCUGUCGAGUGGAGGCGAAACGCGGCAAAGUCACAGUGAACACCAAACUGCCCAUCACCCCGAGUACGCUCUCAUCCCAGAUGAAAGACUUCGGGGAGAUUGCUGGGUUUUUGUGGAGUAUGUUUACGCACCGAUUCCGCUACGGUGGCGGUGCCAUCAUGAACACCAGUGGCCUCGUCAGCAACGCGCAGCAGAACCUGAUCAUGAAACACGCCAGCAUGCGAAUGUUUCUCAACCAUUACUUCCCUCGAUGCAUUGGCACCGAUAUGCAGGCUCUCAUGAGAGGUCUGGAGCCGGACUCGGAGAUGAUGCGAGCGGUAAUGUGUAUGGGACACUGGCUCGAUCCACGACAACCACAGGACUUGACUGACCAGCAAAAAGUAUCUGUUGAACAAGAGCUGGAGUUGAUAGAGCCACAGAAGGACAGCGAGCAGCUAGAUAAACUAGAACAGCUCAAGAAGGCCGUGACCAAUACCCAUAAGCAUCUCCUGUACGCUCUGCGCAUCCAUAUCUGCUAG